GAGCGAUUAAUUCGGAGCCACCGGGACGGGGCUGCGGAGCCGCUGCUGCCGCGACCCUCCGCCCGCUCCGGGCUCAAGAUGCAGUAAAGUGGGGACAAGCACUCAGAUGUAAAACUACAAACUGACCAUGCACUGAUGAGGAAGCAGCUGCAUGUACUGACUUCCACUUUCACAUCCCUACGUCCUAUUUGAAGUGACUGGGAGAGGAAGCACCAGGUAUCUCUCAUUCUGUUUGGACUCCUUGUUUACAGAAGAGUGAUGGAGAUGCUAUUAAGCACAAAAGGCAUCCCCAUAUGCCUGUUUUUCUUUGUAUUGAGUUUGGCAGCAGCUAUUGAAAUACCAUUAUCAGUUUCACAGCUUCCAACCAUCACGGAGCAAUCCCACACCCAGGUUGCCUACCCCUUUGAUGAGGACUUUACAAUUAAAUGUGAAGCCAGAGGAAACCCGCAGCCCAUCUUUAACUGGACUAAGGAUGGAAAACCGUUUGACUUGUUAUCUGACCCCAGGAUAGUUACAUCCAACAACUCUGGAACUUUUGUGAUUCAAAACCGAGGAAUCAUCAACAAUUUCCAGGGGAAAUAUCGUUGCUUUGCUUCCAAUGUGCUGGGAACUGCCAUGUCAGAAGAAAUUGAGCUAAUUGUUCCAAGUGUACCAAAGUUCCCCAAAGAAAAAAUCGAGCCUCUGGAUGUGGAGCAUGGAGAUUCUGUGAUCUUGCACUGUAACCCCCCAAAAGGCAUCCCACCUUUGCAUAUCUAUUGGAUGAAUAUUGAUUUGCAGCACAUUCCACAAGAUGAAAGGGUCUCCAUGAGCCUUAAGGGAGAUCUGUACUUCGCCAACGUGGAGGAGCAUGACAGUAGAAGCGAUUACUGUUGCUUUGCAGCCUUUCCAAGGCUCAGGACGAUUGUGCAGAAAAUGCCAAUGACGCUGAAGGUUUCCCGUUUAAAGCAUGCUAAUGACUCAGGCUCACCUAACGCUGCUGUUACUAAGGCAAAUUUUAUCAAGGAAAGAAAACCCAAACUGCUGAUCCCUCCUGAAUCUGCUGGCAGCAGCUCAUCAGUCACUGUCAUCAAGGGAGGUGUCCUGCUCCUCGAAUGCAUUGCUGAAGGGCUCCCAACUCCUCAUCUGAGCUGGGUCAAAGUCACUGGAAACAUGCCCAAGGAGGAACCAGAAACAGAGAAUUUUGGGAAGAUCCUGAAGAUAGACCAAGUGACAGCAGCUGAUGAGGGGACGUACCAGUGCACAGCGAGUAACCCCAUGGGGAGGGCGAGGCACGAGUUCCACGUCCACGUGGAAGAGCCUCCCCAGUGGCUGAAGAAGCCCGAAGGCGGUGUCUACAGCGUGGGAACGAACCUGGUGCUGCUGUGUGAGGCGAUUGGCAACCCAGAGCCGAGCAUCCAGUGGAAACUCAACGGGAUGCCCAUCGAUAGCAGGACCUUCCGAGGGAGGAUCUCUACCCGGGAGAUCAGCCUGACCAACCUGCAGCUGCAGGACAGUGCCGUGUUCCAGUGUGAAGCCACCAACAAGCACGGCACCAUCCUGGCCAGUGCCAACGUGAAUGUCCUCAAUAUUGCUCCCUUAAUCCUGACCUCAGACGGGGAGAACUAUGCCACAGUGGUGGGUUACAGUGCCUUCCUGCGCUGCGACAUCUUUGCCUCACCUGCAGCAGAUGUCAGAUGGACCAAGGAUGAGAGCAUAGAGCCCCUCUCAACGUUCCGCUAUGAGUUAAGUAAGAAUGGAACCCUGGAGAUCAAAGACACAAAGAAGGAAGACUCAGGAUCUUAUGCUUGCUGGGCUGCCAAUUCUGUUGGAAAAACAGCAAUCACUGCUAAUUUGGAUAUAAGAGAUGCUACAAAACUUGUUGUUACUCCGAAGAACCCCCGAGUGCUGAAAUCACAUUCAAUUUUAUUGAAAUGUCAGGCUGAGUAUGAUUCCCACUUGAAACACAGUUUUAAAUUAUCCUGGAGGAAAGAUGGAGAUGAGCUGCCAGUCAACAGCACGGAAGGUGGCAGGAUGAUUCUGGACAGGGAUACACUGUUCAUCUCCAGUGUGCUCAUGGAGGAUCAAGGAGUUUACACGUGUGUGGGCAGCACUUCCCUGGACUCCGCCACGGCCGAGUCGCAGCUGAUUGUUCUUGAUGUUCCUGAUCCACCAGAAGACCUUCAGCUCUCUGAACACCAGAACCGAAGCAUUCGACUGUCCUGGAGAGCUGGGUCCAGCCACAACAGCCCUGUUAAUGAGUCCAUCGUAGAGUUUGAAGAGAACCGGUGGGAGCCAGGGAGGUGGCAGGAGCUCACCAGAAUCCCAGGGAAUGACACCACGGCCGUGCUGUCCCUGUCCCCGUACGUGAAUUAUCAGUUCCGUGUCGUGUCUGUGAACGCUGUGGGAAGGAGCCAACCCAGCAAACCGUCCCUGCGCUACUCAACGCCCCCAGCUGCUCCAGACAAGAACCCAGAAAACAUCCGAGUUGAGGCUUCUGAACCCAAUGAAAUGGUGAUGAAAUGGGAGCCACUGAAACCCGUGGAGAGGAACGGGCCGGGGCUGGAGUACAAAGUGAGCUGGAGGCAGCGGGGGGUCAGGACGGACUGGAACGAGGAGACGGUGAAGAAACAUUCCCUGACUGUGAGAAACACUCCCACCUUCGUGCCUUACGAGAUCAAAGUCCAGGCAGUCAACGAUUUAGGAUCCGGCCCCGAACCGAACGUUACCAUCGGAUAUUCGGGAGAGGACUUCCCAGAUGCUGCUCCUUUGGGCGUGUCGGUGGAUGUUGUGAACAGCACACUGGUCAAAGUCUACUGGUUUGGAAUACCAAGGGACAGAGUUCGUGGACAUUUAAGAGGCUAUAAGGUCAGCUGGUGGAAAACAAAAAGCAUUCUGGAUGGAAAGAGGCACCACCCAGAGAAACACUUCCUAACGUUUGUAGGAGACAGGAACUUUGGGAUGAUUCCUGGCCUGGAUCCCUUCAGUGAAUUCCAUUUAACUGUCCUGGCUUACAACUCCAGGGGGGAUGGCCCUGAGAGCUCCCCAGUGACGUUUGAAACUCCAGAAGGAGUCCCUGAACAGCCACGUUUUCUGAGGAUCCUGAAUUUUGACAAGGACUCUGUCACUCUGUCCUGGGGACUUCCCAAGAAAGCCAACGGCCACCUUACCGGCUACAUCUUGCAAUACCAGAUAAUCAACGAGACACACGAGGUGGGCCCCGUGAGCGACGUGGGCCUCACAAACCUCUCCACGCUCAGCUGGAGGCUCUCAGGGCUCAGCCCCAGCACCAAGUACAAGUUCUACGUGAAGGCCUGCACGGCCAAGGGCUGUGGGAAGCCCAUCUCUGAGGAGGGACUCACCAUGGCCCAAGGGAGUAAAGGGGCCGGCAGGAUUUCAGACGCGGUAAAACCCACCCAAAAGUUUCACCCCGUUGAGGCCCUUGAGCCUGGAACUGAGUACACAGUCCGUCUAGUGACUAAGAACUGGGUUGAUAACAAUAGCAUUUUUGAAGAUGUAAUUGAGACAAGGGGGAGAGUUCCCCAAGCCUAUGCUGGAAUUUAUGAUGGGAUUUCCACCCAGGGCUGGUUCAUUGGACUGAUGUGUGCCAUAGCUCUGCUCACCCUGCUGCUGCUCACCAUUUGCUUCGUCAGGAGAAAUAAAGGAGGAAAAUAUUCAGUGAAAGAAAAAGAAGAUUUGCAUCCAGAUCCCGAAGCUCAAUCAAUAAAAGAUGAAAUCUUUGGGGAAUAUAGUGACAGCGAUGAAAAGCCACUGAAAGGCAGCCUCCGGUCACUUAACGGGGACAUUAAAGCCACUGAAAGUGCUGAUAGUCUGGUAGAUUAUGGAGAAGGGGAGCAUGGGAUGUUCAAUGAAGACGGUUCAUUUAUUGGAGCUUAUUCUGGAUCUAAGGAAAAAGGAUCAGUGGAAAGCACUGGGAGCUCUACAGCAACUUUUCCUCUCCACGCCUGAUAUAUUGGCAGGAAUGAUUGGUGUUUAAUUGUGAUAUUUAUCUUGAUCAGCACUCCACAGGUUGCCAAUUGAGCCGGUCAGGACUAACCUGAUACCUAGGUAAUAAAAAAAAAAACCGAGUCACUGCCACUAAAAGAUGAUUUUCCAUCUUAAUUUCUACGUGUUUUCUUCUAAAGGAAACAAAAACAAAGAAUUAUUUGCUAUACAAAAUGUGUUAGUCUUACCAGCCCAGAAUAUCUCGGUGUUCAAUCUGUAUCCUUAACUGCUACUCCAUGUGUUUCUUAGGUUUGGAAUAUGUUUCUCUGUACAGAUAUUUUUUCCUGUAUGGCCACUGUCACUUUGUACAUACAUUUCUGUGUAGAAUUCCCACAGGUAUCGUGGCCUUGGUUAUAACCUAGGAAUUAUAACCCAAGAAAAUCAAAUAAAAAUACUCUUCAAAGUGGCACAAUGAUCCUACUGAGAAAAACACUAAUUUAAAAUACCAGAGAAAUAUAUUCUAUAUAUUGUACAAUUUUUCCUGAAGAGUUAAACUCCUUUGUGUAAGAUACUCUAAAAAUCAUUUUAGUGGUUACAGCUGACUUCAGUUACCAAUACUCAGAAAUGCAGCUUUAUCCACAGCAAAGUGUGGAUGAAGCUGCUGCCCAGUAGCUGGCACUAUUUCCUUAAAUAAGUUAAGCUACAGCAUCUUUCCUGUGGCAAGGCAAAACAGGGUUCCCAUCCCAUCACUCAAAAGUGUUUUAAUUUGUUUUCCCCAGUCUCUGCAAGCUGCAUUUCGAAGCAAAAUACUUGUUGUCUGUCUCAUAUCUGUAUAUUUGUGAGCUAGCAAACAUUUCCUGGAGACGUUGUACAUAUGAUAUUAAUAUUGACACAAGCAAAGAUCAGCCUGGUUUUAUUUUAAAUGGACAUGUUGCUAGCAUGGGUCUGUAUAGCUGUGUAGGAAUGAAUAGAAUUGCUUCUCAAUAUGAGUUUGGACCAGCAUAAACUAGUUUUCAGAAGGAGUUUUGUGUAUUCCAGUCAUCCCACUCUCACACCUUUCCAGUCUCACCUAAACUAGAGCUACCUGACUUUCAAGAGAUCAUUUAUUUUCAAGCUAUUCACUGUUAAAUAAGCAAAAGCAAAAGCAAGGAGAAAAUAUUAUGGUAGAGUUUCUGUUAUAUUUUGUUGACUGAUUGCUGGUUUAAAUUCCUUCCUUUGCCUCUCCAACACUAACCCAGCAAAGCUGUACAGCACAUUUUCUUGGUCUUUUUGUAUUGGAAUCUCCUGAAUCUCUCUAAUAGCAUUUGUACUUUUGAAUCUGCUGAUUUGAGUAGAGUAUCGACGCGGCUUCAUCUCUUCUUGCACUUACAAACGACUGUCACUUCCAUUAGAGUGUUUUUAAACAGUGACUGCAGGAGGAAUAGAUCCUAAAAGCUACUUUGCAUUGUGAUGCUAAUCAGGCAAAUCUCCCCAGUGGCUCCUUCCUGGGCUCCAUGAUUUCAGUGGAAG